UUUCAGAUCGCCGCUUGUUCAUAUAUGAACAAACAGUGACUACGUGUAAUCAUAUAGAUUCAUCAGUAUCACGUAUUAUUGUUUAAGAACGGUGAAAGUCUUGACAACAUGAAAUGACUUAAGUUAUCUAGGGAACCGUGAAAGGGGGAAUGGACGCGAACUAAAGCAGAAAUAAGGUUGACCAUAGAGUAAAUAAAGAAGAAAAGCCGAUUUCCCCCCUGACGUCUAUUAUUUGGGAGGAAUUUCGACAGUAAUGUUUGGAGAACUAUGUUAUAUAGGUGUUGAUACACCUAAGUCCAUAUGUUACAUUGCACUGUUCGGAAGAGUAUCAAAUUCUCCGCGUUAAUACGAACUUUUUUACUCAAACGAAAAAAUAAACUUAUGGUAAUGACGAAUAUCAUUCACAAAAUGCUCAGUGUUUUUCCUACCGUCAUGGUGUCUUAUGUACUUUAACAUGGUUACUUAGGCAGCCAUUCUUAAAAAGGUUUUAUAACUUCCACAAAUUGUAGUAAAUUCCUUCAAAAAACAGGGUUCAUGCUAAAGUGGACAGGAAGUUAAGCAGUUUCCCAAACUUGACAACUGGUAGUUCACUGUAGAUCGAUUAGACCUAAACUUACCAAUUAAAAUUCUACCUUCUUUAGUAUACUGAUGCAUACCUUGGGAGCAGCACUUGUUACAAUUCUAUUAUUCAGAGAUGUUGGAAACUAACAUAAUACUAUAUUACUAAAUAACGUUACUUGUAAACUGUUUGGUAAGGGUGAGAAGGGAAAAUCUGGUGGUUAAUUAUUUUAAGAUUCACAAUAUCUAUAUCUUUGGGAUGACCAUUAAAAUGAGCCCUUCUCCACUAUAAACAAACAAUAUUCACUACGCCCCAAACUUUUUAUUGUAAUUUAGUUGCUGCGGCAAAUAAUGACUUUACUGUAGUUUGAAAAAGACUAUCUCGGCAUACACAUAUGGUUUCAAUUCUACUUGAACAAUUUAUGAAAUUUUGAGGAAUUAAAAAUUUUGUUUGUAGAAAGUAUCGUUAUUUUAAUCACAAUUUGCAGGUGAAAACGGCGAACUUCUUUUUUCGCUUUUAGGAAUACGACUACAAGUGUAUUACCGUAUAUUCAAAACAAUACUAAGAUCAAUAUAAUAUGGGAAAAGAUCAACUGAUGGGCGAUUCACUGUAUUAAAUGGAGGAGCAUUUGCUAGUCCGUAAAAAUACACACAUUUACGGAUGGUAAAUCAUGCGCGAAGAAUUAUUGCAGAAAUUACAUUCUCUUCAGGAACGCAAACGUCUUAUGUGUUCUCGUUCGACGAAGAUCCGAGAAGUUGAAUUAAAAAGGAAAAUAAUUAACGAUGUUCUAGAAAUUGUGCCAAAAUCAUCAGCGACUGCUACAUGCCUCCGGGCAAUUGAAUUUGAGGUAAAUAAGCAGGAUAUGACUCUGCGACCUUGGAAACAAAGAAAAUUGAAGUCAAUGGAUUCGACAAAUAAGACGUCUCACCUCGCUUCAGUUGUUAUAAACGCAUCUAAUUCUAAGGACCUAAGUCGUAUUCAUGCUGAGAGUUUACAUAAAGGCACUUUAGAAUGGCGUUUGAACCGCGCAAUCGAUUCUGGGCAGGCUGACCUAGCAGAAAAGAUAAGUGACUCCAUUGGAGAUCAUUUGUUGUCUACAGCUUCUUCCGACAAAAAAAUUCAUUUGACUUUGAGCAAGCAAGAUGAAUACAAAGAGGAAUUAAAAAAUCGGCGACCUGUUUGGCUUUUUCAGGCUAAAGAACGGUGGGAAGCGAAAUCGAAUAUGUAG